CGUUGCGCCGCCCUUGGGGGAAAAAAACAGUGAAAGCUAACGUACGAAACCAGAGGGCAGCACAGGAUGCGAUCGCACGAUCCUUUCCGUGAGCAAUCUCCCAACUCAUCUCUGGACGUACGUACGAAAGCGGAAGUCUUAAAAUUCUCAACAUGCCCAAGUAUUAUUGUGAUUAUUGCGACACAUAUUUAACGCAUGAUUCGCCGAGCGUGCGGAAGACUCAUUGCCAAGGACGCAAACAUAAGGACAAUGUAAAAUAUUUUUAUCAGAAAUGGAUGGAGGAACAAGCUCAACAUUUGAUCGAUGCAACAACAGCUGCAUUUAAGGCAGGGAAAAUUGCCUCUAACCCAUUUGCAGCUAAUAAAGGUGCAGCGAUUCCACCUCCACCAAAUCUUGGACCUCGACCUGGAGUACCACCGCAGGGACCUCCUGGUAUGAUGCCACCUCCCGUAAUGCAUCCCGGAGGGCCGAUGGGACCAGGUGGGCCAAUGAUGAUGGGACCCCAUGGACCGAUGCCUCCGAUGCUUGGUAUGAGGCCACCUAUGAUGGGUCCAAUGGGUCCUAUGGGUCCUGUGAUGGGGCCUAUGGGUCCAAUGGGACCUAUGAGACCUCCAAUGAAUGGGCCACCACCUCCUAUGAGUGGGCCUCCACCAAUGAAAAAAUAAACGUAUAUUAAACUAUUCAUCAUAACCUUCUCAAUAUUGGAGUAAUGUUCAAUAAUUAUUGUGAAACCUUUUUUUUUACAUAAAUUGAAUGACUACGACCGUGUGUAUGUGACUUCAAUCAGCUGUGUACAUUGGAUCGAAGUGUCCCGUUGUUUGUAAAUACUAGAAUAAAUCAAAGAUUAUUUAUAAUUAACUUGUGUUACUCGUUAAGAGCAGCAAUUGCGCCGUUUCGGAACAUAUUAUUAUCUCUAUAGUAAUCUAUGCUCUUAUCCGAGUAACAUUCUUCAUUUUGGAAAUAAUCGAUCUUACAUUCAAUGACAUUGGUAAGGAAAUAAAUACAGCAUCAUUGUUAAUUUUUAAGGGUUGCAUUUAAUGAGAAUAUCAACCAACAAAAGGACAUGUAGUAAUUUUGAGAGCAAAACAAUUGCUCUUAUCAAAGAUAAUUUGUAUUUUUUAAUACAAUGUUAACCUCUUAUCGCACCACUAGAACAUGGUCCAAAAUGAUUCGUCUCCACAACUGUAACAGAAUUAUUUCCAAUUACUUACUUAUUCUUGUACAAAAUUACUAAAGUUACUUGACCGUAUCCCGUCGAUUUGAUUUUCCUGUACCCUAAUUUUGCUUA